UUAAGAUAGACUGUGUGCUUUUCUGUCGAUAAUAUUUUAAUCGUCGACGCGUUACAAGGAGAAAAUGGAAGAACAUGACUCCCUUUCUUUUAAUUUGAAAAGUAGCGCCGGAAGCUUGGCGUUCAAUAUCGCUAGCCUUUCAGUACAAGCGUGAAUAGAGCGUAGUUUAAACGAAGGCGUCGUCUUCUCUGUCAUGUAAUAAAACACACUUCGUCGUGCGCGUUUCUCGCUUCCUUCGCUGCUUUUGAGCGACAGCGUCGGUUCAACUUGGUCUUCCCUCGGCGAGCUCGUAAUGUGCGCUUAAAAUGGUCAUCAUCAAGGUUUACGUCGCCUCGUCAAGUGGAUCUGUGGCGGUGAAAAAGCAGCAGCAGGCGGUGGUGGGCUUCCUGGAGGCCAACGGAAUCCACUUCCAGCAAGUGGACAUCGCCAUGCUGGAGGAGCAGCGGCUGUGGAUGUACCGCCACAUCCCUUGCGACAAGCGGCCGCCCAACGGCAACCCGCUGCCGCCGCAGAUCUUCAAUGACGACGUCUACCGCGGGGACUACGAGGACUUCUUCCGGUCCAAAGAGAACAACACCGUCUUUGCCUUCCUGGGCGUCACUUCUCAAGCCUCUGCCAAAGAGUCUUAGAGGGCGGUAGCGAACAGCAAGGUGAAAGCUCCUCCUGUGUCUCCUUACCGCGGACGCCAAACGUGGGACUCCCUCCAAAUCCUUUUGUACGUGCUGAUCAAAGAGACUUUUCGACCGCAAAGAGGGCAGCGUUGACAAUCAUGAAAUUGUUUGGCACCCUGUGUGCUCACCAGACGCAAUAUUUGG